AUGUCCUUGACUGCCAAUCCACCAACAUGCACCGUCCCAGCCGCCGGAGGAACCUCGACCCACAAAUUGGUCAAUGGAGGAGCCGACAAGUUUAUCUUCAAGAUCAAGUCGUCAAAUAACAAUGAGUACCGUACCACCCCAGUGUUCGGAUUCAUCGAUCCGACUGGAUACCAUCACUCGCACUGCUGGAGCACCAAAGGAGGACAAGCUCACUUCGCCAAUGCCCCAGCUGAUGCCACUGACGCUCAGGCAGCUUUCGCUGCCGUCACUCCAGCUGGAACUGUCACAAUCCCAAUGUUUGCCACUGCUUGA